ACAUCGAUCGGUCGCGUCGCGCUCUUUCCGGCCAGUCCGCGGCGGCCUCGCUGACAACGUGUCGCCACUGCGCAUGUGUAGUGCAGCGCUGUUCGCUAUCCCAGCUAUCGAUCCGUCAGUGGAGCCGCAUUGCCGUACAUUCCGGAGGCGGUGCCUCGCCUAGUUUUCGUCGAUCGUCGGCGUGGCGGGCGCGUGUCGGCGUCGGCGGCGGCCCCGGGCGGCCCUGCGCAGUAGCGGCGCGAGUAGCGCGGGAGCGACCGACCUUCCUUCCGCCAAAACCGGCUCGCUGUCCGCGGCGGACGGCUGUGAUGUAGCCGGGGCCGGUGCGAGCGGCCUUCGGACAAAGGAUCCGCGUCGAGUCGGUGAUUCGCGAUGAAGAAGUUCACGUUCAAGGGGGUGCUGGACGGGUUCCGCAGCUCGGUGCAGGCGGCGCCGCGCGGAAUCGAGCAGGAGAUACAAGAGACCCUGCGGCCGGACCACUUCCAAAUUAAAAAGACAUUCCGCCAUGGCUUUCCAUUCUCACCAACGGCGUUGGCAUGGGACCCCAUACAGAAGCUACUCGCCGUCGGAGACAAGGGCGGCAACCUCAGAAUACUCGGCGGCCCAGGCGUGGACGCGCACGUCCGCCACGAGGCCGGCGAAGCGGUCCUGCACGCCAAGUUCCUAAUCAACGAGGGUGCGCUGGUCACGGCGACGGCUGACGACCAGCUGCACCUGUGGACCUUCAGGCAGAAGUCACCACAACGGGUCCAGUCGCUCAAGUUUCAAAGAGAAAGAUACAGCGUCAAACUAUCACUACAGACAAACGAAAUAAAGCGGAUCACAUGCCUCCACCUGCCGCUGCAGUCCAAGUGGGUGCACGUGGGCACGGAGCGCGGCAACGUGCACGUGGUCAACAUCGAGACCUUCGCGCUCAGUGGAUACGUCAUCAACUGGAACAAAGCCAUCGAAGUGACGCGACAGAACCACCCGGGGGCGGUGGUGGAGAUCAGCGACAACCCCCUCGACGCCAGCAAGCUGCUGAUCGCGUUCGAGACGGGCCUGGUGGUGGUGUGGGACCUGCGCGCGCGCGCGGCCGAGUGGCGCGGCUCGCUGGGCUCGGGCGCGCCGGGCGAGGCCGUGCGCGCGGCCGCCUGGCAGCACGACGGCAAGCUCAUGACCGCGCACGCCGACGGCGCGCUCGCCACCUGGACCACGCGCGCGCCCAGGCCCGCCACGCUCUCCUACCCGCACGCUAAAGCAAACAAAGACGGCAAGCCAGAACCUUGCAAACCUAUACUACGGCUGGAAUGGAAAACAUACAGAACAGGGGAGAGCUUGGUGAUAUUUUCCGGGGGCCUGCCGACUGAUAAGGCAGGCCGCACGCACAGCAUAACAGUGCUCAACGGGAAGACCACCACCGUGCUAGAGAUGGAGCACAGUGUGGUCGACUUCGUCACGCUGUGCGAGACCCCACACACUGCUGACUACCAGGAGCCAUACGCGAUAGUGGUGCUACUACAAAACGACCUGGUGGUGAUCGACCUGCUCUCGCCAGGGUACCCCUGCUUCGAGAACCCCUACCCUAUGGAUAUCCACGAGUCACCAGUGACGUGCUGUUCAUACUUUGCCGAUUGCCCUUCAGAUCUGAUCCCAGCAUUCUACUCGGUGGGCCGGCAAGUGAACAAGAAGACGGCGGGCUUCAGCGAGAAGUUGUGGCCGAUCAACGGCGGCGAGUGGGCGCCCGCCUCUUGCUCCUACAGCGAAAUCAUACUCACCGGGCAUGCGGACGGCAGCGUUAAAUUUUGGGACGCAAGCGCUGGGACCCUACAGAUAUUGUAUAAAUUAAAAUGUUCAAAAGUGUUCGAGCGGCGCGCUGGCAGCGCGGGCGGCGCGGGCGGCGCGUACGGCGCGGAGGAGGCGCCGCUGGGCGUGCAGCAGCUGGCGCUGUGCGCCGAGAGCCGGCGCCUGGCCGUGGCGCUGCCGCACGGCCACGUCGUGCUCUUCAAGUUUCGCAAGUCCGAGACGGUCGGCGAGACGCACGUACUAGAAAUACCUGUGAUAACAGACUCCGUAGAGGAGGAGCCCUCCCCAGAGGCGGAGGGCUCGCGCUGCGUAUCGGCCGACGCGGAUGCCCGCCGGUGGGCGGGCGGGUGGCUGCGCGUGCGCGGCGCGGCGGGCGCGGGCGGCGUGCGGCGCGCGGCGGGCUUCCAGCCGGCGCUGGUGGCGCUGCAGCUCGGCCCGCCGCACCCCAUCACCGCGCUCACCAUCAACUCCUCCUACGGCCUCAUGGCGUGGGGCGGCGAGCGCGGCGUGGUGGUGGCGGACGUGUCGCGGCGCGCCGUGGUGGCGGCGCUGGCGCCGGCGCAGCUGUACCAGGCGCCGCACGCGCCGCCGCGGCCCGCCGACCGCCAGCGCUCGCCCUCGCUCGACCAGGUGCGUGCCGCAGGGACCCCGGCACAGGCCGCGGCGCCCUCGCCCCUCCUCCGUUCCCGUUACCUGGAGGAGAGUGCGACGCGGUCUUCUCCCGGCCCGGCUCCGGCCCCGGCGCCGGCUCCCAGUCCCGCCGAGCCCGGAGAUGAGUCCGACGCGCCCAAGUCCGACGUACGCCGCAAGUCCACCUCCUGGAAGACUUUCAACCUGAAACGACAACUCUCCAAAGUAGAUCUCAAAUUCAAGGCCGCGUUCGCAACGCCCGCCGAAAACAAUCUCGAGGAGGUCGCCGAGAAGAGCAAUUCCCAAUUUUACUGCGAGCCAAUAGAGCGACACGAGACGAGCGAGUCAGCUGCGGAGUCGCCCGACGGCGACGAUGAUGGCGAUCGGAGCCGGCUGGCCUCCCCGCUGCGAGUGUGCUCGGACGUGUUCGAGCGGAUGCACAGGGAGCUGCAGGACAAACGGACGGCCGACACUUACGACCGCAUGCACCGUGAGCUUCACGAGCGCUGGCACGACAAGGAGGGCCGCGAGGGGGAGUCGGCCGACGGGGACGGGGAGGGGGAGGCGGAGCGCGGCCCGUCGCCGCUGGCGGGCGCGGAGCCCGAGCGCGCCGCGCGGCCCGACAACCUGCCGCUGUUCGACGACAGGCCUGACGCGCGGCCCGACGAGCCGGACGAGCGGCCCGCGCGGCCGCCGCGGCGCAGCAAGCCCGACAAGCGCGACCAGAGGCUGCUCUCGGUGCCCAACAUUAAGUUCAGUAAGCAGGAGGGCGCACGCGAGCGCCGCAAGCCACCGGCGCCGCAGUCGGCGUCGUUCGCGGGCAACCUGAUGCGCCGUUUCAGGCAAUGCGUAGCGCGGCUGUGCCCGCCGCGAGAGAUCGCCGCGGCCGCGGCCCCGGCCCCGCGCGGCCCCGCUCCGCGACCACCGCGCCACGCCCCCGUAGACAAGCUGGACAGCUCGUUCUCACGGUCUCGCUCCAGCAGUAUGUCCAGUCUAGAGAACAUCUCCCAAGAAGGCAUACAGUGCCUAGCAUUCGCUGACAGCUACACUAAGAAGUCAGAUCCUACGCAGCUGCUGCCGACGCUAUGGAUCGGAACGACUUUGGGCUCUGUACUCACCAUGAUGAUAAACUUACCCGAAGCCGAUCUGAGACACACACAACCCGUAGUUGUCUCCACCAGCGGUGGUCCCAUAUUUAGGUUAAAAGGGUCAAUCUUGACGAUGUCAUUUCUUGAUUGCAAUGGUGCUUUAAUUCCUUACUCAUAUGAAAGUUGGAGGGAUGACAGCAAGGAUGCGCGGCGAGAACGCACUCCUACGAAGCAGGGCUCGAGCGGCAGUGGUAGCCGCAUGAGCCCCACGCCGGCCGCGGAGGCGCCGCCGGCCGCCGACCGUCAAUUUGUGGUGGUCGCCUCCGAGAAGCAGGCGCGCGUCGUUGCACUGCCCAGCCAGAACUGUGUCUACCGCCAGCAGAUCGUCGAUACAGACUUCGUCGUCAAAGCGGAGAUAGUCAGCCUCAAAGAUAGUGUAUGUCUCGUCAAUUACCUGUCGACCGGCCAUCUGGUCGCGUACAGUCUGCCUUCCCUGCGGCCGCUCGUAGACGUUGACUUCCUUCCUCUCUCAGAGCUUAGCUUCCAGACACAGUCCAAACAGAGGGGUAUCGUAGACCCAAUGCUCUCCAUAUGGGGCCAACAACUGAUUGUUAACGAGGACACGGACCAGAUAGCGAAGACGUUCUGCUUCAGCAACCGCGGCCACGGCCUCUACCUUGCCUCGCCCACCGAGAUACAGAAAUUCACCAUCGACGCUGAAUUCUGUCAACAACUGAACGAGAUGCUGGGCGAGUUGUUCCUGCCGCGCGACAUGCCGGAGCCGCCCAAAGAGAGCUUCUUCCGCGGCCUCUUCGGUGGCGGCGCGAGACCUCUCGACCGAGAAGAGCUUUUCGGCGAAGGCAGCGGCAAGCCGAACCGCGCGGUGGCGAAGCACAUUCCAGGCGGCGCCAGCAGCGCCGCCAACCUCGAGCAGCUGGGCGCGCGCGCCGGCAGCGCGGCGGCCGAGGUGUCGCGCGCGCACCAGUUCGUGCUGGAGCGCGGCGACAAGCUGUCGCAGCUCGAGGACCGCACCGAGCGCAUGCACUCGCAGGCCGCCGAGUUCUCCUCCUCCGCGCACCAGCUCAUGCUCAAGUACAAGGACAAGAAGUGGUACCAGCUGUGAGCCGCCGCGUCCCCGCGCCCAGGCGCCGUGUCCCCGGACACCUCCCGACGCACAAUUCUCCUUAACGGACCUCGCUCUCGAGCGUAGAGACGGACAGUCGACCGGCGCCGGCCGGUCGAUGUCGCGGCGAGUCGUUCAAUUAUCCCGUGCCUGAGGCGCGACUCUCGCUCCGCAUGCGCUCGCGCGAUGUGAUAGUGUACAUAUUGAAGCAUUGUAACUAAUUUAGCUGAACUUUUUAUACGACGCGCCGUCUGCGAGCCGCUCUCGCGCCGCUCGUGUCGCUCCCCUCGCCUCCACCCGCUCCCCUCGGCGGCCUCUCGAACUGCGCUCGAUUCGGCAGCGCGAACCUCGAGAUCGUCUAGUAUCGCGGCCGCGACGUGAAAUACAUUGUAGUUGUAAAUUUUAUAGAUACGAUGAAAGUGAAUUUUAAUAUACUAAUGUUAGUGGACGAUGUCGAUCUGUAUAAAGUAUUAAGUAAAUAAAUGAUAAAACGAUACUUAUAAAGAUUGGAAAAUUAAGCAUUGGAUGACAAUAAUUUUUGUUACACUACUCGCCGGUGGUCCCCCGGUCGCUCCGAGCUGCGCCCGCGCAGCCGCUGCCCUCCCGUCCCACGUACACCCGCCUUCCACACCCUCAGUGCACCCACUCCUACACCACCAACUCCGUUCCGUUCCGUUCCGUUCCGUUCUCCGUUUCGUUACCGACGCUCAUCAGUAAAUACACUACGCUCGUUACACCCUUAAUAAUUAUUGUGAGUCGUUUUCGACGAAAUCUCUAUGAAAUUGUAAAGUAACAGUGACGGUGAGGCGUCACUCUGUACUAUACGAUGAUAGCAAUACUACGUGCGGAUCGCCAGCCUAAAGUAAACCAGACCAAUCGGUGUCGUGUCGAUGUUGCUAGCUAAAAUAAAAUAUAAUAAUAACUAAAACGGUUAACUACUCUAUGUAAACUAAUCACUAAACGCUCUGUGUAUAUUGCCGGCUUUUAAUAGGAUAGGUGUGCGCGGGGGGAGACUUGACAGGGGCUCGCUGCUGCUAUUUCUUUGUAUAUAAAUAGUUACCAUGUUGUGUGUGCUGUCUAUUCGUACCCGUACAUGAUGAAAGCGAUCAACAGUGUUCUAAGCAAGAAUGUAAGCGUGAUAUAACAUUGGAGUCAAAUUAUGUAAAAGACGAAUUUUCGCGGCCGCCGAUUUAAUUUUUGCUCUUGUCUCCCAUUCUUAUCAGUUUACUCUUUGAAGGAGUACCAGCUCGUUAAUAUUAUGCUAUAUCACGAAUACAUUCUUGAUUUAUUACCGCUAAUUACGUAAAUGUAGCCAUAUAUAGCGACUGCGACGGCCGGUCAAAAUGUGGACAUGCCUAAGUUAAAAAAUAGGUUUAUCGGUGCAGUGUCAGUGUUCGCAGUGGCGCUCGUGCUCGUGCUCGUGCUCGCGCUCGUGUUCGCGCUCGUGUUCGUGGUGCGCGGUAGCGACAGCGGAGGCAGCGAGCCCCGCCCGCGCUGCGCUCUAGUAAUCUAAGUACCUACUGUAGUAAUAUCGGUGUAUCGCAUGGCAAUAACCGUUCCCCACUAUGGCCGCCGACGACGACACGUUACGUUCGCUUCCCGCUUCCUCGUGUACCCGUGUAUACGUGCUCUGUUCUACUCGUGACCAACCCGUGCGCUGCGUACGUCCGACGUGGUCCAGUCGCGUUCCUUAUACUCUUUGUUAGAUAUGCUAGUUCUGUUUUAUUGUGCGUAUCUUAGUUUAUCAUGUCGGUGAUUGGGCACAGCUGCCACUGUAUCGGAUGCCAAAAUGUUUGUACUGUUCUCGCGCUCCUUGUUAUAUUAUAGGUAAUAUACCUGUCUACGUAUAAAUAUGUAAUACUUGUUAUGCGAUUUAUAGUCAUAUUUUAAUUUAGAGUUUAACGUAACUGUUCCGUUUGUAAUCAUAUGCAGAAUAUAUAUAUAUAUACAUAUUGAUUAUAGUUAAUACAAAUUUGAUAAGUACGUGCCGGCACGGCGCCCGGCUCCGGCUGCGGCCGCGGCUCGUCGUGCGGCGUCGUGCGGCUCCCAUCUAAUGUACAUCGCAAACUGUAACUAUGUGCGUUUUAACCAAAUUAUUUUGUUACAUGUUCACGAGUUUUAUUAAAAGUCAUAUUUUCAUAUCGACAUGUUAAGAUUUUAAUGGUAACAGACUUAAGUGUAGAUGGUUUUAAAGCAGUUCCCAAGUGACGGGCGCCAGGUGUCGCCCGCGGCGAGUGGCGCCCGGACGCCGCUCGCCGCUAUAUCCGGAUCGCAUAUCACUCGAAUAUAUCAAGUACUUGUACUGUGUAGAUAGCGAGGACGCGACGCUCGCCUCUCGGCUCGAGUCGUCGACGAAUCGUAUAGUUUUGAGACUUACUGCGCUAUCUUUGUAAUCACCCUAAGGUGAAGUAGAUUUUUCAUUUUAACAUCUUGUAACUUACGAGUCGAUAAGUAAUCAAUCACCUUCACUCACGUAUACAUAAAACCAUCGUAACUCGGUCUGUGUAAAAGUUAUAUUGCUAGCGCUCGCUCCCUCCCUCUCUGUCUCUCUCUAUUAGUUGAAAUUUGCACAGAGAAUAGUAUUGUUGAACUGUACUUGGUAAAGUUUAAACAGAUUUAUAAUUUCAACGGUUACAUCUAGCGGAACCGGCUGCUGUGCCGCGCUGGAUACUCGAUCCUCACUGUACUAUAUACCAAUUAUAGAAGAUAACAAACAUAUGUACAGUUAAUAAGUGUAUGCUUAGUAGCUCACUAACACUGAUACCUAAAAUUCCUGCACUUGCUGCCCAUCUGUACUACUUGUUUUAUUUUGUAUGUCUUUAACACUAUCUCCUCUAAUAGAAAUAGUAGAUACGGUUAAAUAAUUAUUACUACCAUGAAUAAUCAAAUCACAAUUCCAUAUUACUCUUUACUUUUAUAAUUUGAAAAAAAGUACGUAUCUAGCGUGACACAGCAGCGCGGUGAUAGCACUAGUUCUAGAAAAACUCACCCUUCGUGCAAGUGCCGCAUCGCGUCGCUGUACCGUGUCCGGCAGUGUGGCUGCACGGGCCAGUGCCUGCCGCUGACAAGUUGCACAGUGCCUGUCGCUGUAGCGCCUGUUGGCUGUAAUAAUAACGUGUAAUAUAAAAGGAACAAGUUAAGUUUUCUCAAUUCUAUCCAUUGUUACUCAGAGUUGUGUUCGCACCAGGCUGCCAGGCCGGAGGCGGUGUGCACUGCCGGCCCGCGAGCACGCGGAUACUCGUUGCAAACUGCAUAGCAAUUGUUCCAUUACAACACUAAUUCAUUUGAAAAUUAUGGGACUAAAUUAAUAUAAGGUUUGUAAAUAAAUAAUAAAACUUGUGGCAAAUUAUUACUUGUUACCUGUAUCGAUUGUAGUUCUUUUCAACAUUAUUUUAUAUGAAUUAGACGACUGUCUCUUUUUUAAUAGUUGCGAAGUGAGGAGACAUCAAGAGUAACUACUAUUCCUAUACAUAUUGUAUAUAAAGGAUGCUGUUGAACUAUAUUGAUUAUUUAGUUUGGUAGAUGAUUAUAGUCAUUAUAUAUAAAUAAAUUAUGAAAAUAUGAAAAUAAAAAUUAUAUCAAAAUAA